UGGCCGCUCCUGGGGUUGAACUCGGAGUUUCAUCACGGCGAAGUCGUGGUUGGUUGUUGCCACUUUGUCAAAUUUAAUAGUUUACGGAAAAAAACGGACCUGUGAUUAACGGUGUGAUAUUUUUUGCGUCAGAAAUGAUGUGACUGAACUUCCAUGGAUUGUUUGCGAAGCGAGCUCGCCAGAAAGCCGACCGCAGCGAUUAACGAACUUGUCUCGAGCGGACGGGACGGUCCUGAAAAGCACCUUGACGCGCCUGUCUACCUUGUUAGCUCGCCGGCUAAUCGGCAUUUUGAAAUGUCCCAGCCGACAGGAAGGUUUUGCCAUGGAUAUUAAACUGCCUUGAAGGUGAGCUGAAGCAACAGUCUGGAAAGAGAAAGAAACUGAGGCCAAAUCAGCAUCUUUACAGUGUUAUCCACAUAACAGGAGGACUGAGAGCUGGCAUCCACUGCUGAUGUGACAGGGUGAUUUCAGGCUCCACCGUCACAUCCAUUACAAGCUCCUCGGCAGCUGUUCUGCGAUCCAUAGGCGUAGUUGCCAGGCCCCGCUUCUCUGGAUUUAAUGAGGGGCCUAUGCAAGAUGGCCUCUUGAGGUGACGAGAGGGGCAUCACACAACUGUGAUUAGUGACCUUCAGGGAACGGGAACCAUGGGCAAGGAGCAGGAGCUCCUGCAGGCGGUCAAGAAUGGAGACCUGCCCUCCGCCCAGAAGCUGGUGGCAAAGGUGAAGGCCAGUCGCAGCAAAUUGUUGGGCUCCACAAAGAGGCUGAAUGUUAACUACCAGGACUCAGAUGGAUUUUCGGCUCUUCACCACGCUGCUCUUACCGGCACCAUAGACCUCAUGUCGCUGCUGUUGGAGGCCCAAGCCACGGUGGACAUCAAGGACAGCAACGGCAUGCGGCCUCUGCAUUACGCCGCUUGGCAGGGCAAGGCCGACUCUGUGCUGAUGCUGCUUCGCUCCGGGGCCUCGGUCAACGGUGCCUCGCUGGACGGGCAGAUUCCACUGCACCUGGCUGCCCAGUACGGCCACUACGAGGUGUCUGAGAUGCUACUUCAGCACCAGUCGAACCCGUGCUUGGUCAACAAGGUUAAGAAGACCCCCCUGGACCUCGCCUGUGAGUUCGGUAGGCUGAAGGUCACCCAACUGCUCCUUAACAGUAACAUGAUCGGGGCUCUUUUGGAAGGAGAGAGGAGGGAUGACUCAGAGUCCUCUGCCAACACGCCCCUGCACCUGGCUGCCCGCAAUGGACACAAAGACAUCAUCAGGAUGCUCCUGAAAGCAGGCAUUGACAUUAACAGGACCACCAAGGCUGGCACCGCUUUGCAUGAGGCCGCCCUCUAUGGGAAGACUGAAGUAGUGCGGCUGCUGCUGGAUGCCGGAAUUGACGUCAACAUCCGGAAUACCUACAACCAGACGGCGCUGGACAUCGUCAACCAGUUCACCACCUCGCAUGCCAGCAAGGACAUCAAGCAGCUCCUCCGAGACGCUACUGGCUUCCUGCAGGUGAGAGCACUGAAAGACUUCUGGAAUCUACACGACCCCACGGCCCUCAACAUCCGAGCUGGGGACAUUAUCAUGGUGCUGGAGCAGCACAUGGACGGCCGCUGGAAGGGGCACAUCCACGACAGCCAGAGGGGCACCGACCGUGUCGGCUACUUCCCCCCCUCCAUCGUCGAGGUUAUCAGCCGGCGUGCAGGGGGCACCCUCUCCAGGCACGCCUCCCUACCCAACCAGCGCCAGCUGUUCCUAUCCAGAACACCCCUUGCCACCAGUCUGAGCUCCGCCCCCCAGUCUGAUGACUCCUACAUGUUGUACGCAACCCCCUCUCACCUCACCUUGCCCCGCACCAACGGCCUGGAUGACAAUGCAGGUAUGCGAGCCGGCAGCCCCGCCCUCCUCUCUGAGCCGGCUUGUCCCAGUGAGGACAUAUGGGUCCUCAGAAACUCAGUCGCUGCUGGGGACAGGAACAGCGUGGGCAGUACGGGCAGUGUGGGAAGCACUCGCAGUGCCGGAAGCGGGCAGAGCACGGAGAGCAGCCACGCCCCCAACGGCGCGCAGCACGCCGCCGGAGCCGGCGACCUCAGCAAGCUUCCCCCUGUCUGUGAUCAGAUGGUACAGAAGCUCAGCUCAGGAUCUGACCCAGUCAAGCAACCCGACCCGCUUCAAGGUGGCUCACGGCGACAGAACCUGAACAGCCUGAGAGCUGUGGAGCAGGGCUUCACCCAGCAGUUUGUCCGUCCUGAGCAGCUCCUCGAGGGCAGGGAUGCAGAGGCCAUCUACCAGUGGCUGAGUGAGUUUCAGUUGGAGCAGUACACAGGCAACUUCCUCAGCGCUGGCUACGACGUGCCCACCAUCAGCCGCAUGACGCCUGAGGACCUUACUGCCAUUGGGGUGACCAAACCAGGCCAUCGCAAGAAGAUCUCCAUAGAGAUCGGAAACCUGAGCAUCCCAGAGUGGCUGCCGGACUACAUGCCGUCGGACCUCACUGAGUGGCUCAGCGCCAUCGGGCUGCCUCAGUACCACAAGAAGCUGUCAGAGAAUGGCUAUGACUCCAUCAGCAUCGUGAAGGACAUCACCUGGGAGGACUUGCAGGAGAUUGGCAUCACCAAGCUGGGCCACCAGAAGAAGAUAAUGCUGGCAGUGAAGAGGCUGUCUGACAUCCAGAAAGCCCACAGCCAGGCAGAGGCGGGCCAGGGAACGCUGCGCCGGAAGCUGCCCGCUGCGCUGGACUUGGUGGCCAUUGAGUCCCUGGAGAGCGGGGAGUGUCCCUCACCCCACACGCCCAAGAUGCUGACUUUCCAGGACAGCGAGCUGAGUGCCGAGCUGCAGAGCGCCAUGUGCGGCUCCUACAGCGGCUGUCAGGACGGAUUAGCCAUGCGGAGCGUGGCGGCCAUGUCCGUCAGCCAGGAGAGCAUCGGCACGCGCUCGCGGGGCUCGGGACACUCCCAGGAGCCACCGGCCUCGGGGGCCACACGCAGCCGCUCUCAGGAGAGCCUGGGCAGUGGGGACAGCGGGGGCAGCCGCUCGAAUGGCAGCCCGGGGAAGGAGCGCAACAUUCCUGAAGGCCGGGACCAGCGGCAGGCCCUGCAGCCCAAGAUGGAGCUUUUUCAGCAGACCGCCCCCAGUGCGACGCCUCCCCACACCCCCAGCAAGGCGCCGGGGUUCAUAUACCCAUCCAUACCGGCGAAGCCCAUGUCCGGCGGCUCUUUGGCCCUGGCUUACCAGGGCACCUCCCAGGGCCCCACUGCUAAGAAGGCCUUCAGCUACCUGCAGUCCCACUGUGGCAGCUCUGACGCACCGGGGGCACCCAGGCUGCCAGUGAACGGUGACUCCCUGAGGCCCAAGAAGCGCACCCAGAGCCUGACGCGCUACGCGCUGUCGGACGGCGAGCCCGAUGACGAUGAGCUGCCGGCUACGCCCUCGGGGACCCUAGCAUCCUACGCCACCCUGACACGGCGGCCGGGCCGCAGCCAGCUAGCCCGCCUGCACUCCACCCCAGAGGGCACCGUCGGCCGCAGUCAGUCGUUUGCCAUCCGAGCGCGGCGGAAGGGACCUCCCCCGCCUCCGCCGAAACGACUGAGCUCGGUGAGUGGCAGGACCAGCUCUGAAACGCCCGCAGCAGUGCCCUCCAGUGGAGUGGAGGUGGAUAGUGCAGGCAGCGUGAAAAGCAUAUCGGCCAUGCUGGACCCCACGGGUUCCCGUGUGGGAACAACCCCGGUGCCCUGCAGACUGGACAAGCCAGGGCCAACAAAGGAACUCGCGGCUACCCCGAAACCUGCCUCCCCGGUGCCGCCUCCAAAGCCAGCGCUACCAGCAGAGCUGAGGGAGCCAGCAGGAGGCCGGAGGCGGACGGUGAGCGAGCCGGCAGCGUGUGAGACCAACGAGGGCAGGGCCGACAGCGGCGUGCACUCCGACAUGGAGGAGGACAGCAGGGUUGGGCCGGACAUGGAGAGCUCCUCAUCGCCUCAGCACAGCUCCAGCGAGUGCAUCCCCUUUGCUGAGGAGGGCAACCUCACCAUCAAGCAGCGGCCCAAGACCGGUGGGCCCCUGAAGCCGGAUUCCACUAGUAAAGAUCCUGAGAAGGCCCAGGUGGUCAAGACCCCCGACGUCCCCGAGUUCAAUCUGAAGGAGUCGGACACGGUCAAGCGGCGCCAUAAGGCCAAAGACAAGGAUCCCCCAAAGGAGGAGGCGCCACCUGCUGGCCAGCCUAGCGGGGCACAUCCAGAGAGUGACGACGCGGUCAGCCGGAGGAUCGCCGAGAUCGAGAAGAGCCUUCUCAGCUUAGAGAAGGGGAGUUCGGCUGGACGGCCGGAAAAGCCCCCCCUCUCCCCGAAACCCGCCAGUCCUGAGAAACCCCCUUCUGUGCCUCUUCAGGUCCCUGCGUCACCCUCAGCUCGAGUCCCCAAUGUGACCCUCAGCGUGGUGCAGAGCGUGGCCUUCGUGGCCUCCUCACCUGAGCCCGGCCUUUCCCACCUGCUGAGCCCUCACGACUCGGCCCCGGUGACAGGGAGGGUGGGUGUGUCUCUGGGCCGGCAGCCGGGCCCGACCUCCAGCACGGUGGUGGUGAAGCGCCUGGAGCAGACCAGCAGCUCCCUGGAAGCGGCACUGAAGGCCGUAGAGAGGAAGCUGACACUAGAGGGCAGCACUGACAGUUCUGCCAGCAUGGCGAAGUCCGCUGGAAACAUCCUGGAUGACAUUGGGAACAUGUUUGACGACCUGGCUGACCAGCUGGAUGCCAUGCUGGACUGAGCUGCACCCUGUCACAGACCCUCCUAGGCUUUUCAGCCUUGAAACUCUAAACUUCACCACCCAGCUGUCAGUUUGGGCUCUUUGUGAUUUUUUAUUUUUUUUUGUUUUAGUAUAUAUAUUUUUUUUAAAUGCACCAUCGGGACACUAAUGCUAUGGUGUCACAACGGAAGCACUUAAAAUGCUGCUGUCUGCUGGGCCUAGAGGCGCCACGUGAGAGCUGUACUGCUGUGUAGGGACGCGAGGUGGGGGGGGGGGGCUAAAAGCAAGCGGAACUGAGGACUGAGGUGGAGCGGAGAUGUGGGCUGACGGGGACUCGGGCAGAGAGGGGGGGGGGGGGGGGGGGCACGCCAAAGAUGGGCAGCUAUAUGAGCCCCCCACCCAGCAUUGGGACUCUCUUGUCACUUUGCAUGAAUCUCUCUUUCCUGCCUCCUCAUUUUCCCAGCAGCACCUGGAGCCGGUCUGAUUAACAGAGCUGUUUAAAAUGCUCCAUCACUUUACAAACACAGGUGGGGUGCAGGUAAAAAUGCUCUAUAUUUCUUGUUCUGCCAGCUUAAAAGCCUUAGACAUACUGCAGUAUUAGGAAGUAUUUUUCAUAGUAAAAAAAAUCAUAAUAUAAAACAUUAAUGUAUAAUUAAGUGUUUUUUAUAUCCUUGCUUAUUUUCUCGUUACCUCAUGCUGAUUGGAAUGCCUUUAUUAAGGGCCUGAGAGAAAUCUCCACCCAGGCCAGACCAAAACUCAACUGUGGGACGAAGGAACAUAGAAGCACAUAGAAGAUGAUUCCAUGUUCCUGUUCUGUAAAAUAUUUACAUAAUGGUGUUUUUAUUUUUAUUUUUAAACUAAGGGAGCAUCAGUUUUUUGUUUUUUUUUACAACUGUUAACAAGACUUUAUGAAAUUAUGGAGUUUAAAUGGAAAAAAAUAUUCAGUGGCUAAUUACUAUAAUAUUAGUAAUAUUAACUAUUUUGUCUAAUUUAGAAUUAGUAUAUAUUUUAACUAAGCCCUCUGUGUAUAAUAUGUAUAUGAAAUAUUACCCAUAUGUACUUCCUUCAUAUGUUGCUAAGAAGGUGAAUGUAGUUUACCAAAGUCCUUUGCAGAACCUUUCCUCUAAAUGGUGCAUACUUUAGCAUUUCAACAAGUAAAAACAGGUUUAUUGUUGUCACAGAGAGCACUAUUUUGUGAGAGAUAGGCACAAUUAUUCAGCCAUAACUGAGAGGGAAGUGGAGUCAUCACUCCCAGAAACUUCAUUAGUGAACACUAAUGUAUGACCACAUCAGGCCACAUGGUAAGUGAUAGUAUCUGCCAGUGUUUCUCUGUCCUGGUCCCUACGGCCCACUCUGUGCUGAUGUGCCAUUCAGCUGAGUGUGGCUUUAGUGUAAGACUGCAAGAUUUGAUUCACAAUACUAAAUAAUAUUAUAGUUCAGGAGUUCAUUUAAAAAAAAAAAAAAAAAGUUUCAUGCAGGCGCUAGUAAAUGUCAGAAUUUGAGAAACUUAAAGCCUGUACUUAAUUAUCAAGUUGAUAAUCAAGUAAUUCUUCAUAAAUUCAUUCAUUUUAAGGGGAAAAAGCUAUAGUUAGAACUUUAUUUCAGACAAUUUACUAUGUGACUGGAAAAUUAAAACAAUUUAAGCAUUUUAGCAUUUGGAGAAAUGAUUUUAAUUUACUCAAUGAAUUAAGCUUUAUCAGUAAAUAAAUCACAAGGAGCAGGACUGAGAAAUACUGAUACUGAAAUAUAGCAAAUUAUAGAGAAAUUUAUAGCUAGCGCAUCGUUGCAUUAUAUCUGUUUUGUCAUAAAUUCCACAUUUUAUUACUGUACAUUUCUUAAACUGUGGUGACUGUGGUUAUAUCAUGGUUUUCUGUGUAAUUCACAGGCCCCGUGUGCAAGAACGUCACUGUGAGUGGUGAUGAUCAGGGUUUUCUCCAGUCCAUCUUGACAGAAUACUGGCUUAUUAGUUGCAUUCAGACUGAUCUGUUUUGCGUUUGUUAACUCGCAGUUGAGUUUCAAACAUAUUUUGAAAAGUGAUUACAGUUCACUUGUGAGCACAUAAUUUAAUACAAAAAAUAGCUUUUUUAGGGUUGUGGAACCUACAUGAUGUAUGUUUUUGACUUGCUUUUGCUGUAUAGUUUUCCAUAGUGUCAGCAUACUGUACUUGUUCCCUAACCAUGAGCUGCUUCAUUCCUACAGUUAACUAGCAUAUGCUCUGACUAACUGGUUUCAGUUGUGCUGAAACAGGUUAAGGCCAGUUUUAAGGAGCUGAUGCCUGGCUGCUUGUAUGCAGCUGAAGCACCUUAUGACAACUGGUCAAAAUGCAAUUCAAUAAAUUCUGAUAGAAUUAUACAAA